AUGGAAUUCGGCUCGGGAUCUUUGGAAGUUCCUAGCGAUAAUGUGCACAGGACUGGGUAUGAGGGCGUCGGGAUACACACUCAAUUGGAGAUAUUGAGCCUGGGGGGCGACAGGUGGGUGCCCGCACCGUUCAGGCCGAGGCCGCACAAAACGACGUAUGAAGUCUUUCACUUGAACGACACGACGGCGAGGAGGCUCAAUAUUACCGAGGACGAUUUGGACAACUUAAAGGCAGCCGCCGCCGCCAUAGACCCGCAAAUCCAGCUAAUAACGUCGCCGGGUGAUGGUGAAUAUUUAGACGCGGGGAGAGGAGACGUUGUGUGGUUCACAGGACCUUAUGGCAUCGCCCUGGUGAAGGAUCGACUUGUCAUUUACAGCUCAGGACCUGAAAGAUACGUAUUAUUAGAGAGGGACUGGCCUGGUUACCCGUCGAUCGCGCUAAUAGAUAUAGUGUCCGGCCGUAUAGUCAAGGAUGGAGCUUACAGCUAUGCUUCACAGGGGAUGCCAGUAAGUGUUGAACUAAUCGACAAACCAAAGUUGGUCCUAGAUUGCGAGGGUAUGCCGCUAUACCCAGAGCAGUGGGAUGUGAAGUGUGUAGACCCGCUAUUGGAGCCGGCGCGAGCUUAUAGACACGACGCGGGACUUCCUAAGGUCGAAGAUGAGAUGCUGAGAGUUCAUGAGCUCACGGUCAACUACGGGGUGAGAGUGGAAGAUGACAUUGACAGAAACGCUUUCUAUCUAGCCCGCUCGAUGUCGUCGGGAGUGGAUAACCGAAGAUCGACCAGCAUCGUACUACUCAGCGACGAUACAUCCCUUGUGCUAUCGAGAACGGUCGCAUUGAUGGUUCGCCAGAAAGGUUCCCAGAAUCGAGAGAGGCGGGACUUGAACCCGCAACUUUUACCAAUUGGAAUUGACGGAAUUUCUUUGUUUUUCAUAUGGCCACGAUAUGUUUCCAACUUAUUCAUGAGACGACUACCGGUGAGCCGAUGA